CGAGAAGUCGUUUAUAUUGACAUUAUGGUGCUAGCAUGCGUAAGAAACUUACUAUACAGAAGCAGCAAAACCGGUACACGCUGUAUAUCACACUACCCGAUAGAUGAACAUGUUUUCGGCCUGUCUAGUGAACAGCAACAGCUCCGAAAGUUAGUGUUCGACUUUGUACAAAAAGAAUUAGCACCAAAAGCGGCAGAUAUUGACAGAGAAAACAAUUUUAAAGAGUUAAGAAACUUUUGGCGGAAACUUGGAGAAUUGGGUCUGUUAGGAAUAACUGCCAGUCCAGAGUAUGGAGGUACAGGUGGAAAAUAUUCUGACCAUUGUCUUAUUAUGGAAGAAAUUUCAAGGGGAUCUGGUAGUAUCGCAUUAUCGUAUGGUGCACAUUCCAAUUUGUGCAUAAAUCAAAUCAAUAGAAAUGGUACGCCCGAACAGAAGAGUAAAUAUUUGCCAAAAUUGUGUUCAGGAGAACAUAUUGGUGCUCUGGCCAUGUCGGAACCAGGAUCCGGUAGCGACGUGGUGUCCAUGAAAUUGCGCGCCGAGAAGAAAGGGGACUAUUACGUAUUAAAUGGUAACAAGUUCUGGAUUACCAACGGUCCUGACGCAGACGUAUUAGUGGUAUAUGCAAAAACAGAUGCAACUGCCAAACCGCAGCAUGGGAUAACAGCUUUUCUAAUAGAAAAAGAUUUCUCUGGAUUUUCAACAGCACAGAAACUGGAUAAACUUGGCAUGAGGGGUUCUAAUACUGGCGAGUUGGUGUUUGAAGAUUGCAAGGUUCCAGCGACCAAUAUACUAGGUCAAGAAAAUAAAGGUGUGUACGUUUUAAUGUCGGGAUUAGAUUUUGAACGAUUGGUGCUUGCGGCUGGUCCCGUUGGUCUGAUGCAGGCUGCCGUUGACACUGCUUUCGAGUAUGCACACACUAGGAAACAGUUUGGACAGUAUAUUGGAGAAUUUCAGUUGUUGCAGGGCAAAAUGGCUGAUAUGUAUACAACGUUAAGUGCUUGCCGCAGUUACUUGUAUAAUGUCGCGAAAGCUUGCGAUGAUGACCACGUAAAUAGUAAAGACUGUGCCGGCGUGAUACUGUACUGCGCAGAGAAAGCGACUUCCGUCGCUUUGGACGCGAUACAGAUUUUAGGUGGCAAUGGUUACAUCAAUGACUACCCAACAGGAAGAAUACUUAGAGAUGCCAAAUUGUACGAAAUAGGCGCUGGUACAUCAGAAGUACGAAGAAUGCUGAUUGGCAGAGCUCUGAACAACGAAUAUAAAUAGAAAACUACAUUUUAUUAUUUUUUAAACUCUACCAAAGACAAAAAAAUAUCUUCUGAAAGUUAUCUAAGACUAAGUAGUUUUAAUUAGAAGUACACAAUAGAAAUAGACUAAGAAAGAAAUUAUUUUUUACAAAAUAAACUACAAACUCAUAAUAAACAGAAAAUCUACAAGACUAUUGUAAUAUUGAUGAGACCUAUGUUUUUUUUAUAAAAGAACAAAACAAACUUAGAAUAAGAGUACCUAUUCAUUAAGCCCCAGUAUGACGGGCGAUAGGGAUGAAUGAAAGAGGUGGUAACAGCUACACUUCAAAAUUACCCAAAAGGAAGAAUACUUAGAAAUGUUAAAUUGUCUAAAAAUGGCGCUGGUACAAAAUUAAUAUUUUUUUUAACAUAGCUUUAUAAAUUUAUAAAAAUAAAAAAAUAUAUGUAUAUGACAGCAUUCUUAUUUUUAGGCAAUGUAGUUAAUGCAAUAGUAAUACUACUGUUAUAAUACAUAAAUAAUUUAGAAAUUCAUUCAGUACUAUUAUUUUGUAGAACUGGAACCCAUAAUGAACAACAACAGUGGCUACUAGACCACAGAGAUUGUUGAUAUACUGUAGUAUAAACUUUCAUAUAAAGAGUAGUGUGGCUCUGUAUAUAAAGCAUAAUUAUUUGACCAAUAUUGUAGCUGUUAUAU